GGAAAAAAUAAGAUUAAAACAAACAAGCUUGUUACUCCACUUCGUUAAAUCCUACUCUAGGGUUUAAGACUCUCUUUGAUUAACUCCGUCCACCGCUGAAAAUGUCCAUCCACCGCCUCCUCCGCCGCACCACUACCACCACCACCUAUCAACCCCUCCUCCGUACCCUCCACUACCUCACUCUCUCGCCCACCACCGCACAAACCCCAAACCUAAACUCCAAUUCUAACUUCAUUUCCCCGCCCUUUUCUCGCACCUACGCCUUCUCCUCCGCCGAAGAAGCCGCCGCAGAACGCCGAAGACGCAAACGCCGUCUCCGAAUUGAACCUCCGCUCCACGCUCUUCAACGGAACCCUAACCCUCCUCAACGUGAUCCAAACGCGCCACGAUUGCCAGAUUCUACCAAUGCAUUGGUUGGCCCGCGGCUCAAUCUGCAUAACCGCGUCCAGUCACUGAUUCGAGCUUUUGAUCUCGAUAACGCGUCUUUAUUAGCUCGAAAUGCGGUAUAUUCUAGAACUCGGCCUACUGUUUUCACUUGUAAUGCUAUAAUUGCUGCUAUGUAUAGAGCUAAACGGUAUAAUGAUGCUAUUACUUUGUUUAAGUUUUUCUUUGAGCAGCAUAAUAUUGUUCCAAAUGUUGUUUCGUAUAAUAAUUUGAUUAAUGCACACUGCGAUGAGGGUAGAGUUGAUACGGGUAUGGAGAUUUAUAGACAUAUAAUUGCAAAUGCUCCGUUUAGUCCUUCGCCCGUUACUUAUAGGCAUUUGACUAAGGGGUUGAUUGAUGUUGGUAGAGUUGAGGAUGCAGUUGAUUUGUUGAGGGAAAUGUUGAAUAAAGGCCAUGGUGCGGAUUCUUUAGUGUAUAACAAUUUGAUCAAGGCAUUUUUGGAACUGGGGAAUUUAGAGAAGGCGAAUGAGUUUUUCACUGAAUUGACUGAUAGGUGUUUAUGGUAUGAUGGUACGAUUAAUGCUUCCUAUAUGGAUUGGUGGUUUAAGCAAGGGAAGGAUAAGGAGGCUAUGGACAAUUAUAAGUCGUAUUUAGAUAGAAAAUUGAAGAUUCCACCUCCAACUGGAAAUGCCCUUUUGGAGGUUUUGCUGAAGUAUGGAAAGAAGGAGGCAGCAGAUGCUAUGUUUGAGCUUUUGUUAGAUAAUCAUACGCCACCAACCAAUCAAGGUGUGAAUUCAGAGACUAUUAGUAUUAUGGUGAACCAUUGUUUUAAGGAAGGGAAGUUUGAUGAGGUAAUUAGUACAUUCAGGAAGGUAGGGACAAAGGCUGGGUCAAAGCCUUUUCAAAUGGAUGUUGCUGGCUAUAAUAAUAUAAUUGUAAGGUUUUGUGAGAAUGAGAUGCUAUCAGAAGCAGAGAACUUUUUUACAGAGCUUUGUUCAAAGUCCUUGUCUCCAGAUGUUACGUGUUAUAGAUCAUUGAUCGAUGCUUAUCUGAAGGUAGAGAGGAUUGAUGAUGCUUUAAGGCUGUUAAAUAAAAUGGUUCAUGAAAAUUUGUGGGUGGUAGCAAGUUAUGCGACAAAGGUAUUUGGUGAGUUGAUUAAGAAUGGAAAGGCAGUGGAGUGUGCCCAAUUAUUGACGAAAAUGGGAGAGAGAGACCCAAAACCAGACCCUUCUGUCUAUGAUGUCGUGGUCAGAGGUCUUUGUGAUGCAGGUGCUUUUGAUACGGGCAGUGAUAUGUUGGAGCAAAUGAUGAAAUAUCGUGUUGUGGUUCCUCCUUCACUAAAGAAAGUUGUAACUGAGGCUUUUACAAGUAUUGGAAAGAGUCAAGAUAUUGAGAGAGUUUUUGAUGAAAAUAGGUGGAGAAACACAUCACCCCCCCCUAGAGUUCAAAGACAGCCUCAAAUGCCAUGGGGGCCUCCUCAAAUGGCAAGAGAGCAAUCACCUUCAUAUCCUGAACAGCAGCCAUUUGGUAACCAGCAGAUGGCAGGACCGGUGCCAUCAGGGUCACCUCAAAUUGUUGGACAGCAACCAUUAGGUUCCUAUAAUCAUGCAGGUCAACAGUCUUCGUGGUUUUCUCCAAUUAGGCAACAGUCAUCGAGCCCUCAUCAAUCUGCAGGGCAGCAAUCAUCGGGGCCUCAUCAAUCUGCAGGGCUGCAAUCAUCAGGGCCUCAUCAAUCUGGAGGGCAGCAAUCAUCGGGGCCUCAUCAAUCUGCUGGGCAGCAAUCAUCGGGGCCUCAUCAAUUUGCUGGGCAGCAAUCAUCAUGGUCUUCCCAAAUAGGUCUACAGCAGGUGGCAGGACCAACACCAUCAGGAUCAUCUCAAAUAGCUGAGAAGCAGCUGUUAGGAUCUCAUAGUCACAGUGCUGCAGAACAACAUUCAUGGUGGUCCUCUCCUACAGGACAACAGUCAACAGGGUCUCAUCAAUAUGCAGGGCAGCAAUCAUCAUGGUCAUCUCAAGUAGGUCAGCAGCAGAUGACAGAACCAAUGACAUCAAGAUCGUCUCAAUUUUCUGGGCAGCAGCAAUCAGGACCUAUUAAUACCGCAAGACAACAUCCAUCUUGGUCCCAUCCUAUAGGACAAGAGUCAUCAAGGUCUCAUCAACCUGCAGGGCAGCAACCAUCAUGGUCUUCUCAAGUAGGUCAACAGCCAUCACAUUCCUUUCAGAUAGGACAGCAGCCACCAAUGUACUCGCAAGGUGCAGGACAACAUUCAUCAUGGUCCUCUGAAAUGGAAGGACAACAUUCAUCAUGGUCCUCUGAAAUGGGAGGACAGCAGUCUACAUGGUCUUCUCGUGCUGAAGGACAACCGCCUUUAUGGUCCUCUCAAAUUGGAGGACAGCAACCAUCCCCAGGUUCUCAAAUGAGAAUUGAACAGGCCUCUGGAAUUACAAAUAUGGUCAGACAUCAGCCAAAUGAAUCUCGUCAAAUGUCGGGACAGUUUGAUUCCAUGGUGGGACAACAACCAAAUGGACCCCAAGAAAUGGCAGGACAAAGUUCACCAGAACCUAUUGAAUGGCAAGCCCGGCAGGCAGCAGUUUGAUUCUUUCAUUUCAAUGGAACCAUUGUUAUCUCUUGCUGGAAGAAUGAAGCAUAGGAUUGUUGAAACAAGAAGUAGGUAAUUUAUUAUAGUAGUAACUUGAAGCUGUAAGCUUCAUUCAAUGUAAGAAUAAGAACUGUUACGUUUUUGUAUUUGAGUAUUGAAUCAACUAUUGAUGAUUAUAGUGGUAAAUGAAAUUAUGAUAAGAUCCAGAUGUUUUUGGUAA